AGGCGCGUCUCCCGGGCGGUGCUUGGAGCCGCCGGGCGGUGCCAUGGUGGCCGCGCUGUUUGGCUGCUGGCUCCGCUGGGGCAGGGCCCCUCCUGCGGGCUCCCGCGCGCUCAGCCCGCAUUCCUAGGUGGAUUCCUGAGUCCUUGCACUUGGCCUGGCUGUCGCGGACUGCUACCAGUCUCCAUGAGCCGUUCUCAAGCAGCCCUGCUGGGCCUGGGCCUGCUGCUUAUGCUGCUGCUGUACCUGGGGCUCCCGGGCCCCCCUGAGCAGGGCUCCUGGCCCUGGGCAGGCCCCAAUGUCACCAUGUUAGCUGGUCUCACCUCUGGAGACUCCCCCAUCUUUUACCGUGAGGUGGUCCCUCUCCACCGGCCACACAGGCUGGAAGUAGUGCUGCUGCAUGGAAAGGCUUUUAGCUCCCGCACAUGGGAACAACUGGGCACACUACAGCUGCUGGCACAGCGAGGCUACAGGGCCGUGGCCCUUGACCUUCCAGGGGCAGCUGUGGCCUUCCUGGAGGAGAGAGCCCGCCAGCUGAGCUUGGACUGUCAGAAAGUGGAGGUGGCACCUGGGCGUGUGGUGACCGUGCUGACCUGGCCAGGCACCAACCCCAAGCUCUCCUCUCUCUUGCUCAACUCCCACACGGAUGUGGUGCCUGUCUUCAAGGAACACUGGAGUCAUGACCCUUUUGAGGCCUUCAAGGACGCCGAGGGCAACAUCUAUGCCAGAGGCUCCCAGGACAUGAAGUGUGUCAGCAUUCAGUAUCUGGAGGCUGUGAGGAGGCUGAAGGCUGCAGGAUACCAUUUCCCUAGGACCAUCCACAUGACGUUUGUGCCAGAUGAAGAGAUUGGGGGUCACCAGGGCAUGGAGCUGUUCGUGCACCGGCCGGAGUUCCGGGCCCUGAGAGCCGGCUUUGCCCUGGAUGAGGGCCUGGCCAACCCCACUGAUGCCUUUACUGUCUUCUACAGUGAACGGAGCCCCUGGUGGGUGCGAGUCACCAGCACUGGGAAACCAGGCCAUGGCUCACAGUUCAUUGAGGACACGGCGGCGGAGAAGCUGCACAAGGUCGUGAGCUCCAUCCUGGCGUUCCGGCAGAAAGAGCAGCAGAGGCUGCAGUCCAACCCCCGCCUGACGUUAGGGUCCGUGACCUCUGUGAACCUGUCUAAGCUCGAGGGCGGCGUGGCCUAUAACGUGGUGCCUGCCUCUAUGAGUGCCAGUUUUGACUUCCGCGUGGCACCGGAUGUGGAUCUGAAGGCUUUUGAGAAGCAGCUGCACAGCUGGUGCGGGGAAGCUGGCGAGGGGGUCACCUUCGAGUUUGCCCAGAAGUGGACAGAGCCCCGAAUGACAUCCACCGACGACUCAGACCCCUGGUGGGCAGCGUUUAGCGGUGUCUUCAAGAACAUGAACCUCACCCUGGAGCCCAAGAUCUUCCCUGCUGCCACUGACAGCCGUUACCUCCGUGCGGUGGGGGUCCCAGCUCUGGGCUUCUCCCCCAUGAACCGAACGCCACUGCUGCUGCACGACCACAACGAGCGGCUGCACGAGGACGUGUUCCUCCGGGGAAUCGACAUAUACACGCAGCUGCUGCCUGCCCUGGCCAGCGUGUCCGCUGCGCCCGGUGACGGCUGAGUCCCAUGAGCCCCAGCGUGUGUCCCUGGAGCUUCUCCCCCCAAAACAAUCAGUGCCAAGGACUACACUCUGUCUGUCCGACAAUAAAGUCUGUGUGGACAGAG